AUGUGCGUAUGUAUCAGAUCAUAGAUAGACAAUGAAUAUAUUUAAAAAAUCUCGAUCAAGAUCUCCUUCUUUUGAGAUUCCAAAAUUAUGUUUUCCGCUUCAGAAACAAAAGCGAUCCACGUCAGUUGACUGUCCUGGUCCUAAGGAGACUAAACUACAAGUGCCCUUUGAAAACAGAGGCAGAUCAUCGAGUUUUGAUGCAAGUAGCCUUCAGCAAAAUAGUCUAGACUUGUUACAAGUUCCAUUUCCUGGUGAUCAUUCCAUUGACAAUUCGACCUGGAGUGCAUCAUCCGAUGAAAAUAUUUCAGAUAAGGAAUAUGGUAAAAAUCUUAAGUUACCGAAAUAUCAAAAAAGGAGAUCAUCCUUGGACAUUCCUAGACUAUGUAUGCAUUGCCUACAUCUUGAAACAAUAGCUCAGGAAAAUAAGAUACGUGACGAAAACAAUGCAGAUAAACCAAAUGUUCAGUUUGGACGUUCUCGGAGUUUCAGUGAUUGUUCGUCAACAGAUCUUUCAGAUCUAGAGGAUACUCAAUCUAGUGAUGGAGAAAGUGAUAAAGACUUUGAUCCUCCAAUUAUUAUUCGGCCACAUUCACCAAGUCCUUCUCCAAGUAAAAGUAGUGGUAAAGAUUAUAAAAAUGUGGUCACCUUACAUGUUCCUGUGGUUAAACAAAGAUCUUCAUCUGUAGAUGCAGCUUACAUGGCUAUUCCCAUCCCAAGUCCUGAAAAACAUCGUAAAGGAUCUUUGGAUGAUCGACGUUUGGAUGUACCUAAACAGAUGAGAUCAAGUUCCGUUGAUGUAGCUUUUCCAACAGAGGAUGAUGCUUCAUAUAAAGCUAUAACUCAUACAGGAAAACAGAGAGCGAUAGCAAAAAAUUCAUAUGUUCACACUCCAACACACUACCUUCAUCCCAGCCACGCUGAAUAUGGAUAUAAACGACGAGAAUUACGAUCCACAGUUGAUUGGUCGGAUCAAGCUAUUAACUGUGAUCAUUUAUGGGUGGAAACCAAUGCUUCAGGGGAUUUAUGUUAUGCUAUGGACCCAGAUUGCUUGAAAACUGGUCCUAGAAAAAAAUGUAUAGCAUGUAAAAUAGUAGCACACACUGCGUGUAUAGCUCUUUUAGAACAGAAAAAUUUACGUUGUAAACCAUCAUUCCGUGAAGCUGGUGUUAGGAACUAUCGAGAACAAACGUUCAUGAGACACCAUUGGGUUCAUCGGCGACGUCAAGAGGGGAAAUGUAAACAGUGUUCAAAGUCUUUCCAACAACGUUUUGCUUUUCAGAGCAAGGAUAUAAUAGCCAUAAGCUGUUCUUGGUGUAAAGCAGCUCAUCAUAACAAGACAACAUGCUUUAUGAUGCAACAGAUUGAAGAACAAUGUACACUCGGAAUACAUGCUGGCAUAAUCAUUCCACCAUCUUGGAUUAUCAAACUUCCAAAAAAAGGGUCUUUCAAAUCUUCAAUACGUGCCAGUAAAAAGCGGAAAGCGUCAUUAAAGAAACGACGGAGUAGAGAUGAUGCCAAACCAUUUAUUAUUAAACCCAUUCCUUCACCAUUAUUAAAACCUCUUCUUGUUUUCAUCAAUCCCAAAUCUGGGGGAAACCAAGGAGCAAAACUCAUGCAUAAAUUCUGUUGGUUGUUAAACCCUCGACAAGUGUUCGAUUUAGCUCAGGGUGGACCACGAUUUGGAUUGGAGUUGUAUAAGAAAGUGCCUAAUUUACGUAUUUUAGCCUGUGGUGGUGAUGGUACAGUAGGAUGGAUCUUAUCAACGAUAGAUGCCCUCAACAUCUCUCCUCCUCCCCCAGUUGCUGUAGUACCUAUAGGUACUGGCAAUGAUCUGGGAAGGACACUCAAUUGGGGUGGUGGCUAUACAGAUGAACCUAUUUCUAAAAUAUUAUGCAAUGUAGAGGAGGGGCAAGUUGUGCAGUUAGAUAGAUGGAACUUAGAAGUUCAACCAAGUACCACAACAGCAGAAGUAGAAACAGAAGAAGGUUUAAUGGAUACAUUACCUCUUAAUGUCUUUAAUAAUUAUUUCUCUCUUGGAGCAGAUGCUCAUGUAGCCUUAGAAUUUCAUGAAUCAAGAGAGGCAAAUCCAGAGAAAUUUAAUAGCAGAUUUAGGAACAAAAUGUUCUAUGCAGGGGCUGGUGGGAGAGAUUUGUUAAAGCGAAGCUGGAAGGGUUUUGCUGAUCAUAUCAAACUUGUCUGUGAUGGGGUUGAUUUAACUCAGAAAAUACAAGAUAUGAAAUUACAUUGCCUUUUAAUUCUUAACAUUCCAAGAUAUGCUAGUGGUACUCUUCCAUGGGGAAAUCCUAAUGCUGUAGGAUUUGAACAUCAACGACAUGAUGAUGGAUUUUUAGAGAUUAUUGGAUUUACAUACUCGUCAUUGGCUGCGUUAUAUGUUGGAGGUCAUGGUGAAAGAUUAAUGCAGUGUCGUGAGGUCAAACUAACAACAUACAAAUCCAUGCCUAUGCAAGUAGACGGAGAACCAUGUAAAUUACGACCAUCAUUGAUUCGGAUCAGUUUCCGAAACCAAGCCAACAUGGUGAUGAAACCAAAGAGAAGGGGCUCCAUGCCCAUUGCAAAUGAUCCUGAUUUUGCUUUUUUCAGUCGCCCUUCCGUUCCGGAACGAUUACGAAUCCAAGUGAGUCGUAUCAGCAUGACCGAUUAUGAGGUGUUACAUUAUGAUAAAGACAAAUUGAGAGAAGCUUCUAUUCCAUUGGGUAUAAUUGUUGUUGAGAAUAAUGCUGAUCUGGAGCAAGUAAGAGGACAAAUCGACAAGAUUCAGGAGAGUCUACUAAAUGGUGGUGAAUCUGGUAAUGAUAAUCAGGUGUUGUCUCCUAAAUGGUGCUUUCUUGAUUCCACAACAGCAGAGCGAUUUUUUCGGAUAGACAAAGCCCAGGAACAUUUACAUUAUAUCACCGAUAUAUCUUCUGAAGAUCUCUACAUUCUUGACCCUGACCUGGUCACAAGUUCAAAAUCAUCAGUUGUGAAGGUUGAAAAUGGUCAUUCAUUGCCAACCAAUGUUAAAAUAGGUGAAACUUACCAACCAGACCAAGAACACGAAAAUGGAAAUUUAAUUUUUCGUUUUUCAUUACCAGUGACACCACCAAAAUCUCCAAGUUGUACCACAAGCUUUCCCGGUAUUCUACCUAUACAUCGAAAUUUUGAAAGUUCAGAAAAUCUUCUUGUUCCGACUCAACCCGGCUCCAAUAACAGUUCAGAACCGGGCACACCCAAUUCACCGAGUGCUCAGUCAAAACAUUACCACUUUACAGCCGUUUCUAGUGCAACAGCUGAAAAUAAAGUCAACACCAAACCAUCACCAUUUGAUAAACUUUUGAUAGAUGCUGCAAAAAGAGGAGAUAUGCGGAAGAUGGUGGAAAUCUAUCAUCAUGGUGGUCAACUCUUAACAGCAGAUCAAUAUGGUAUGACAGCACUUCACCACGCAGCACGCUUCGGACAUAAAAAUAUUGUCACUUUCCUUAUUGCAAAUGCACCUCCUGUGAUAUUAGACAUGGUUGACCAUGAAAAAGGGCAAACGGCAUUACAUAAAGCAGCAUGGUAUCAAAGACGUACAAUCUGUCAUAUGUUAGUAGAUGCAGGAGCCUCUUUAACCCGGACAGAUUAUCAGGGUAAUACACCACGACAACAAGCUCUGAAGGCAGAAGAUAAAGAAUUAGCAGCCUAUUUAGAAAAUCAAGAACAUUUUCAGUUAGUAUCAUCUGAAGAUCAGGAGACAGCUGUUUAGUGUCAUCUAUUUUGAUCAGUUUGUGAUGUUUUUAACCAGGUGUUUAUAAUUUGCAAAUUCUGGAUUCAACCAGAACUGGAUUAGUAUGUGGAUAGUCCAUAAAAAUGAACCAUUUUGAUUUAGACGGACAUUGAUAUUUCAAGAAUUCUGAAAAGGAGAAAUUUGUUUACUGUUCUGUGUGUGUGUAAUAUUUAAAUGGAAGUGCUUCAGUAUUUAUUGAGAGAAUAUUUGAAUGAUCAGAUAGUGUGUGUCGGAAACACUAACAAAAUCAGUGGUUAGGGAACUAGAAAAAUAUAUGAAUUGUAUGUGUGUAGAAUGUAAACAUUUGAACUAUAUAUCUGGGUCUAGUUAUCUGAAAAGUAAUAGAUUGAUUAUGAGUUGAAAUCAGAAUUGAUUUGUGUAAUCUAAAUUCAAGACAAUUAAAAGGAUUAUUUUGAUUGUGCACGAUGUUGUUCUGUUGUCUAAGUGCCAUUGCCAUGGCCACGUUCACCUCUAUAGCACACACAUACCUCUCUGUGUCACCCUGCAUCAAUAUAGAUUUUAUAUAAAGCUUGUGUACAUUUCAUACAACAUCAGUUGUUUUCUUUUUAAUUCUCAUAUUCUUUUUAUUUUAAUGUUAAAUUAAGAUUUGCUGAUAGGGUUAAUAAUUAAAUUUCAGGGGUUUAGUGCUUCGGCCAAAACUGGGAUAUCAGGAGCUGGGUAAACACGUUUUGCUCUCUUGCAGAAUUUAUAAUUUAAAAAAAUAAAUAUUUCCCCCAAAGCCAAAGCUUUGCGUCAUUACUGACCAUAGUUCAUAUUAUUAUAUUGAUUUUUAUGUAUUUUUAACAUUAAUUCUAUGGAAGUUAUUAGUAGAGUCUAUAUGACAAACAUAAGAACUAUAUAUACAAGACAAAAUUUCAAAUUUUAAUAAACCACCAGCCGUUGAUUUGAUUAGCUGAGAAAUUUUAUCUUUCUGUGUCCAUUUACAUUCCAAAAAAUAAUGACAAAUUUUUGCGUUUUAAGAUUAUAAGAUGAUAAUGACGGACUAACUUUAAGUGAGAAUCUGGACCACUGUAAUGAUUAAAAAGUGUAAGUUAUUUAGAAAAAGAUUAUAUUCUGUGCAAUAUAUAUUUUCAGCUGUGAUUUAAUUGAUAAUUAUAAGUUCUGGUAAUAGGUCAGUUAAAAAAUGUUAUUCUUUAUUCAAAUUGCAUCUUUAUUACAACCACGAUGAAUUAUAGUAAAUUGUGUUUACAUAAGAAAUCUGAGGUUGUCUACAUUGAUCUGUGUUACUUAAAGAUACAUUAUGUAAGAAUUAGAUAAAGAGCUGGCUGUUCUUGGUAUAAUAGUUCAAGCAUAGAUAAUGAAAAAUGAAUAUAUUGAAAAAUUUAGUCAAAAUACUUUAUCCUGUCCGGGGUUUGAGUGUUCAAAGUUUUGACAAAAUGUAAGUAGAUUGUUUUUUAUCGUAUUAACGGCACUUGGCAGUCAAAAUUAAGUCUUGAUUAUCUAUUUUAUCGUUAACCUCUUAAAUGACAGCGGUGUUCUAAUCUACUUAAAAUCAGAAGCCAUCCCAUGGCCCAGAGGUUGAUAUGGGCUUGUCAUAUUAAUAAAUAUUUUAUAUAAUAAUUUAUAUUGCAUUGGAAGCCAGAAAAAAGACCUGCAAUAGGCAGAUUUAGUUCUUACAUAAUGCAUUUUUAAACCUGGGCAUUUUAUUAAUAAACCUGGGUUUUUAUUAAUUUGAAUUGCAAAUUAAAUACAUGUAAUACAUUUGUAUAGAAACAUAUUGAAUUAUGGUUGUAUAUAUAUUGUUGUCACCCACAUCUACCUGGCAAAUGUUCAUAGUCCACAGUUGCUUGAACUCAUAACCUCGCAUAGAGGGCUACGUUAUCAUCCGAUUGACUGGAUAUUAUACACAGUGUUUAAAUUCAUGAGAUGAAGAAGCCUAUUUAUUUGUAACGAUAUCCAAUAAUUACUGUUGGGAUCUAUCGCCCUUGAUCAAUUUGACAAAUCUUAUGAAAUACUUCAUAGGAUUUUACUCAAUUAUUAGUGUUCUUGUGAAUGCUUCAGUUACCUAGAAAAAAAAUAAAUAUCUGACAACCUUUGUGGACUGAUUACCUGGCAACCUCUCUUCAUUAAAUUUGACAUCUUUCAUUCAGUAUAGCCCACCAUGACUGCUUUGAUUAUGUCCCUAUUAAACGAAUCUCUGUUGAUCAGUUGUUAAUAUAAGUAUGGAGCCACACCAUCUUAUAAUGUAAGUGUUCUAUUUUAUGCUUAUUGAAAUUGAUUACAUUCUUUAAUUGAAAGGUUCAUCUAGUAAAUUGUUGAUUUUUGUUAUAUUUUUUUGGUUAUGAAAUGAUUGCUUGCUGUGUGCAUAAUUUAAUAUCAUUCAACACCCAGCGACAGCAAAUUGUGUUCAAACUAUUUUAGCUUUUUCAAACUAUUUGUUUUGCUGUUCAAAUCUAGGACUUUUUCCCCCUGUUAUAAGUAUCUUUGAUUUUUAAGAGUUACAAAGUGUUAAUAUUUACAACAUUUCCAGCAUACUUGAAGGAGUUGAAGCACCAACCAUGAAUUAACUAUCUAGUAAUUGAGUCAGGAUUUGGCUUAAAUUUGUAUUUUUGUAUUGUACAUUUAUAAUAUUCAGACCGAUUAUGUCUGACCUAUGUCAUAUACAUUUACUUAUGUUAACCAAAAGUUUAGCGGUUCUGAGUAUGCUUGUUGUUUUCACCGAAAUUAGUACAACCCUCUUGUUAAGUAUAAAUAAUACUUGACAGAUUUGGUUAUUUCAUAAUAUUGUGAUACAGUUGGAUAAAAGUUAUCGUGACAUGUCUGUAUUUUAUGAUAGUUCAGUUUUUUUUUGUGGUUGUGAGACAUAUUUAGAUCUAAUGCAAUGCAAAUUUUGUACGUUUGUUUGUUACUUUGUUUAAUGAUCAACCUGUUUUCAUAUAUUUGUUUUUCUGUAAAUGUUGCUAAGCAACUCUUUGUAACCAUCGUAAUGUUCAUCUUUGUUUUUAUGUCAGUAUAUGGACAGGGAAGAGAAAACAAACCUUCUUUGUAUUAAACACUAUUCCUAAUGGCUGCCAUGACCUAUCUUUAACCUAGCCUUAGCAACCAAUCACCUUCACCUUGAAGAUGUUGUUAUGCACAUGUAUCACCACGGUAAUGACAUAUAUUUGUUGGAAUGUUUUGUUCACAUUUUAAAGGAACCAGCAGAGCCUGGCAUAUACAUGUAUUGUAAAUAAGAAGUUAUUGAUUAUGUAAAAUUU